AUGAAUUGGGUCAACGAAGGACGUGUCACUCAACCCAAUGAGUUGCUCCAUUUCGAUGAUACUACAAAAAUGCUUCUUAACGCUUUCAUUAUUCUCUUUCUAUUUUUGCUUAAGUUUUCUUCCACAGUUAAAUAUCUUGGUGGCAUACCAGUACCUGGUCGUUCGGUACCACCUAUGCGAAUUUUUGAACUUUACGCCAAAUCUUGUGCACCAAAUGAUCGAACUAAAGCAAUAACUGAACAAUUAAGCAAAUUGUUGCAAAAAAUGGAUGCAAAUGAUAUUGCGAGUAAUCUGUACAAUUCAUUGUAUAUAGCUGUUGGUGAUAUUAAUGUUACCAAAUUGAUGGGUAAAUGGUUUGUGGUAGCUGAUACACCGAGUAUUCAUCAUGAGCACUGCCCAAUAUUUUAUUUUGAUUUAAUGGAUAAAACUCCUUAUACUUCAAUAUUCACGGUACGGCAGUAUUCGCAAAAUACAGAAAAGAUUAAGAUUUUGGAAGGAUAUGGGAGAAAAGUAGGACCGGAUCCGGCAGAACUACUUAUUAAUAUUGGCCAUCCAGCUGAUCCAUGUCCAUAUUCGAUAGUACGUAGUGGACCAAUUAAUGAAAACGAACAGUAUGAUUAUAUCAUUUUAACUCAGCCUCUCAAAUAUCCAAUUAUGGUUCUUGCUCGUGAUCCACCUGAUUUUGAAAACAAGUAUAAAGAAGAGGUAAAAACAUUCUUGGAAAAUCAACGUUUUUGGCAUUCUGCAUUCUCACUUAAGAAUAAUGUUCUUUUUCUCAAUACAACGGAUUGUUUUCGAACGAAUCAAUACAACAUCGGAUUUUGA